AUGCGCUUCUCCUCUCUGUUGGCGUCAGCCAGCCUGGCUUUCGUGGUCACUGCCCACCCCGGACCCCAUGCUACACCCUCCGAUGCUGAAAUGGCUCACAAGGCCAAACUCUCCGGCCGUUGUGCGCAGCAUGUCGCUCGUUUCAACGAAAAGCGUUGGAAAAGAGACCUCGGGCAUAUUGGAAACACGACUGUCCAGAUCCAAACGCAAGCCCCCGUUUACGAGGCUCUGCAAAACGACACCUGUGUCCUCACCCCUGAGGUCACUGCAGGUCCAUACUACUGGCCGCGGUCUCAGACCCUUCGGCAGGAUAUGACAGAGGAUCAGGUGGGAGUGCCCCUGUGGCUGGACAUUGGAGUCAUGGAUAUGGCCACCUGUAGCCCUUUAGAGGGCGUGAUGGUCGAUUUUUGGCACUGCAAUGCAACGGGAAGCUACUCUAGCUUCACUAAGCUGUCUCCUAAUAUCAAGUUUCCCAAACUCCUUGCUGAGGAGGGCAAGAACAUCUCGGACUUUGUUGUCGGCAGCACGGACAUUCAUACCGACUCCGAAACUUGGCUUCGGGGCAUGUGGCCAACCGAUGAGCACGGAAUGAUGCAGAUGAAGACUAUAUUCCCGGGUUUCUACAUUGAGAGAGCUAUCCAUAUCCAUGUCCAAGUGCACACCGACUGGACCACCCGCGAAAACGGAACUUUGGUCUUCGAGAAUACAGUUAGCACCGGACAACUGUACUUCGAUGAAGAGCUGGAAGAAAAGAUCAUGGCAAUGGAGCCUUACUCCUCCCAUACUCAGAUUAAACGCACCCGCAAUGCUGUGGACAUGGAGUUUUCGAAAGGUACUAAGAAUUUUUACAACCCAGUUGUCUCGGUCGUGCCUCUCGAUGAGAACAAUCUUUCGAAAGGCUUGGUUGGGUACAUCACAAUUGGGGUGGAUACUUCGGCCAUUGAGGAUGAGCAUUGGUCUGCAUCAUGA